AUGUCCUCCUCGAGAAGCAUUGCGUCUUGGCUGGCCUUGGCCGCCGCCGUCUCCUGCGCCGUCGUCGCGUCGCUGUCAUGUGGUGGCGCGGCGGCGGCGGCGGGCAGGACCGGCCGGAUCACGGUGUACUGGGGGCAGACGAGCAGCGAGGGCGGGCUCCGGGAGGCCUGCGCCUCCGGCCUCUACUCCACGGUGAUCAUCUCCUUCCUGACCGACUUCGGCGGCGGCCACUACAAGCUCAACCUCGCCGGCCACGCCUGGAGCGCCGUCGGCCCCGACGUCAAGUACUGCCAGUCCAGGAACGUCCUCGUCCUCCUCUCCAUCGGCGGCGGCAUGGGGAAGUACUCCCUCGCGUCGCGGGCCGACGCCAAGGCCGUCGCCGACCACCUCUGGAACGUCUACCUCGGCGGGUCCAGCACGUCCCGGCCGUUCGGCGACGCCGUGCUCGACGGCGUCGACCUCGACAUCGAGCUAGGGAGCAGCGCCCACUACGAUGACCUCGCCAGGUACCUCAAGGCGUACAGCGGGAGGAAGCCGGCGGGGAGGAAGGUGUGGCUCACGGCGGCGCCGCAGUGCCCGUUCCCGGACAGGCUGCUCGGCGAGGCGCUGCGCACGGGGCUGUUCGACCGCGUGCACGUCCAGUUCUACAACAACCCAGCCUGCAACUACAGGGCCAGCAACGCAGCGGGGUUCACCGCCGCGUGGGGCAGGUGGGCGGCGAGCCUCCCCGGGAACUCCGUCUACCUCGGCCUCCCGGCGGCCGGCCCGGCGGCGAGCAAUGGGUACGUGCCACCGGAGACGGUGAGGAGCAGCGUGCUGCCGAUCGUGCAGAAGUCGAAGAACUACGGCGGCAUCAUGCUGUGGAGCAGGUACUGGGACAAGCACACCGGCUACAGCAAAAGCGUCAAGUCUGCCGUAUAAACCGUUUUAUAUUAUAAGACUUUCUAGUAUUCUCUAUUUAAUAUU